ACGAAGGCAACACUAUUGCCGGUUUCGUCGUCCACUCCGCCCCCGCCCCCAGUGUGGAUUUGAGACACGGCUGAUGUUGACUUUUCCAUCUCACACGUUUUCAAUGCGGCUGAAGAUCAGGGAACUGCGCGAUAUCAAAUUAUUUGAGCGAUGAAGACAGUCCUUUGGAUAUCGCAUUCUCCUGUUACCGGAAAGCUGAGCAUAUCUCAGAGGAUUGAGACGGAUAUAAAGUCCCGGCAGGAUAUCCGACUGUUUGUUGCUCAUCGCUUGAUAUUCUUUCAUCGACAGUCAUGAAUUGACAGGAUUACUGCUUGCUAUCACAACCACGACUCAUAGCUACUCGACCACCUGCCAAACUCAAUCAUGACUUCCACAUCGAAAGCGUGGGACCACUCGGUUGAUCAACGUAUCGGGCACAUUGCCGAAGGCCUCCACAACAACCCCAAAUUCAGCAAAAAGGAAGUCCCGGGUCUGCAGGCUCUUCUCGAUGACUACAUCAACGAUGACAUAGACGUCGACUACGUCCAGUUUCUCCGUAGGCUCCUCCAGGUCUUCAAGGACUCGGAAACGGACGGCGCAUUCUCCAAAAUUCUCCAUAAGCACACUGAUGACGAGCAGAAGCGUAUCAAGAGAUUCCUUGCCGGUGACGAUCCCAAGAAGAUCGGCAAUGGCUUCCAGAUGGGUCCCAGUUUGGGGUGCCGGGAGGAACUGGCAAGGUUGCAUGAGGCGGACUGCGUCAUUCAGGUUGGUGCGCAGGGAAUCAAGAAGCUCAAGGAGCCUAUCCAUAAGCUUGCCGUUAUGGAGAGGGCGCUUCUUCAAAAUACGUUGACCAAGAUGGAGGACUUCAUCGAGGAUAACAAGAAUGAGCUCCAGGGAGCUGGCAUCGUCGUAUACUACAAGACGGAGUUCCAGAACUGGGGUCUCACUGUGAAGAACAUCCCGGCCCUCACAUGUGUGCCAAAGACAUCUCAAGAGGUCCAGCUCAUCGUCAAGUACGCAAAGGCCCACAACAUGGGCGUGCGAUGCUCAGGUUUCCGUCACUCGUGGUCCCCGGUCUUUGCAGAGAAUGGCUACGUUCUCAUUUCCCUCCUCGGCCUUCACGAAGUCACCAAGCUGCCCAACAUCACGGCUCUCCCAUUGCCAGAGUCCGCCGCCAACGAUCUCCAAACAAUCAGCAUGGUCUCCGAGAAGCCCCUCAAGAAUGGCAACUACCUUGUAAGAGUCGGAACCGCUUGCACAAACGAGAGACUCCGCCGCUGGUGCAUUGACAAUAAGACCGUCACGAUGCCCAUGAACGUCAUCAUGGUAGAAAUCACCCUGGGUGGCUCCAACGCCCCAAUCUGCCACGGCGCCGGCCGUCGCCACCAGACUCUCAGUGACCUCGUCCGUCGUAUCGAGUACGUCGACUGCAACGGAGAGCCGCAGGAAGUCACCAAGCCCGAGCACCUCCGAGCCGCGAGCGGCUGCUUCGGACUGAUGGGCGUCGUCACACACAUCACUCUCGAGAUGUCGCCCAUGACCUACGCCCACCUGAAGCCCGAAAAGGUCUCCGUCGCGCUGGCCGUGCCUCCGCCCGCGGACCUCGACCUCUCCAAGCUCCCCGCUACGCUCGCCGACCCUUGGCGCAAGCUGACCGAGGGCGAGAAGCGGGGGUACCAGGAGAUCUUUGAGGACCGCGCGACAAACGACUUUUACUCGGAGUGGUUCUGGUUCCCGUACUCGGACAAAGUCUGGGUCAACUGCUGGAACGACACGACCAACAGCGCCGGCGUCGUAAACUUCCCCGACGACGCGCACAUCUUCCUCUCCUUCGUGCAGACUUUCACGAUGAACGUGCUUCAAAACACCACGCUCCUUGACAAGCUCGUCGACCAAGUCUGCUUCACCGAAGCGGCCGUCACCCUCAUCUCCCGCUUCGCCAUGCUAGCUCUCCCGGACAAGGAGGUCAGCACCUACGUGCCCGACGCGCUGCACUUCCAGCGCGCAAUCCAGAACGUCCGCGUGCGCGACAUGGAGGUCGAGAUCCCGCUCGUGGCCAAGGGCGGCAAGACAUUUGGGCCUGGUGAGCCUGUGGAGAUUGACUAUGCCCCUAUCCAGCGGGCCUGGUGGGAUGCGAUUCUUACUGCGUAUACGAAAGAGAAUCGGGAAAAGUGUCCCAUGCGUAUGCCGUUGGAGAUGAGGAUUAUGGGGGGGAGUAAUGUCGUGAUGGCGCCUCAGCGCGGCAACGAGUUGGGCACCUGUUCGAUUGAGGUUCUUACCCUCCACGCGGCCUCGGAUAUCUGGGUGCCGUUCGCUCAGCAGGUUCUUGACAAGUGGAUGGCUCUCAAGGACCCUAACACUCAGAAGCUGUUGAAGACGCGGCCUCACUGGGCCAAGGAGUGGAAGGAAUUCACCGUCAAUGGCAGGCCGUGGCUCGAGAAGAUGAAGAACGAGGACUACAAGGCUGAGAUUCAAGAGUUCCUCGGGGUCAUGGCGGAUAUUGGGAAGGAGGCUGGAUGGACUCUGGAGGAUCUGAAGACUCGGUUCUCGAACAAAUUGUUUGAUGACAUCUUCUUUAGUAGCCCCCCGCAGAAGAAGGCGAGCGUCACCAAUGUGCUUCAAAGUCGAAGUGUGAACAAGCUGCCGCAGAUUCGGGCAACUACAAAGGAGAUCAAUCUUGAGUCUGGAGAGGACUUGAUUUCUUUGUAAUUGAAAGGGCGAAGGUCACACAGAAAGGGUCUUUCGAACCGCAAAGCUGAAUGAAAAAGGAUUGAAGUAAUCACAAUCUCAUCGUAUAGUACCUACAUUGACACUUGACACUAGUUCUUGUCUUUGUGAAUUACUCUCGCCUCAAAGUAAUACGUUUCAAUGGCAUCUUCCUUCCAAACUUUCCUCC